AUGGUUUCAAAUCAAAAUGCUUCAUACCCAAAAAUUUCACGAUAUUCUCAAAUUUCUCCUUUACAACCGCCACCAUAUUCAAAUGCUCGUUCAGAUAGUCAAGAUAAUAUAAAUGAAAGAAAAUUGUUAUUUGUACAUAGGCAGUCCGCUGAAGAUUGUAUAUCCGAGAACACAAAUAAUAAUAAAAAUAGAUUUCAUCCCUAUAGCAUUACCCCAACUACACCACCCCCUCAUAUCUCAUCAUCACGUUUAAAUAAUCCUCUCCUCGAAAGGCAAAAUAAAUUUUUGGUUAGACCAAAAAAUCAACAAACAGAAAAAGAACGGUAUGGUUAUCAAAGAGAAUUUUAUGCGUCCUCUAAAAUUAUCAAUAAUGUGUAUAGUGGUUUACGAAAAGACUGGAUAUACAAACUUGAGGUAGUUCAGAAUCCCAGUCGUGCGCGAGCAUGUGGGUUUGGAAAUAGGGACAUACGACCAAUUUCCCCCGCAAUUAUUGUACGACUACAAAUCUAUUUUGAUAAUGAACCUGUUGACAUUAAUGAAAUCGAUGUACAUUUCUUUCAUCUGAGGGCAACACUUUUCGACGAAGAAACAAAAACAGAUCAUACAAUUGUUUCAGUAAAAAGUACUCAUCGAUCUGAUGAAGAUAUUGAAAACUUGGUAGGUAAUAAAAGUUCGGAUUGCAAAAAGCUUAAUGACUUAAAUGGAAAUCCAGGAUUGUGGUUUAUAUUUACCGAAUUAAGUGUUCGUACGGAAAGAGAUUAUUUUUUAAGAUUUUCUUUACAUGAUCUUGGAUGUCUGGGACGUAUAUAUACUGGAGACUUCGCUAUGGAUGAAUUGGCCACUGUCGAUUCUGAUAAUUUUAAAGUUUUUCGUAGCAAUCAAUUUCCCGGAGUAGCAGGUAUGAGAUCUCUUAGAAUUAUUUGA